AUUCAAUUGCCGAUUACGAUUUCUAAAACCCUGCUUGAAAGUUAAAAGCCCUUCGGCAGCAAAGUCUGUUAUCGCUGUUUCCCUCCAAUUUUAAGGGUUCGACCGUUCGAGGGAGAGAGAGAGGGGUUUCAAAAACCCAAUAUAAACGUAUCUUAACUCUUAAGGCGACUUUGCGACAAAUACAGCAAUGGCAGCAUCAUCUUCUUCGACAUCGAGCAGCAGCUACGAUGUCCCAUGGGUGGAGAAGUACAGACCCAACAAAGUAGCCGACGUUGUUGGGAACGAAGAAGCCGUCUCGAGGCUUCAAGUCAUCGCCAGAGAUGGCAACAUGCCACAUCUCAUCUUGUCCGGUCCUCCAGGAACUGGUAAGACGACAAGUAUUCUGGCCCUUGCUCACGAGCUAUUGGGAGCAAACUGCAAGGAGGGUGUGCUAGAGCUUAAUGCAUCUGAUGACAGGGGAAUUGAUGUCGUGAGAAACAAGAUCAAAAUGUUUGCACAGAAGAAAGUAACGCUGCCUCCAGGACGGCACAAAAUAAUAAUUUUGGACGAGGCAGACAGUAUGACAUCUGGAGCACAACAAGCUUUGAGGCGGACAAUGGAAAUUUAUUCAAGCUCCACACGUUUUGCUCUUGCUUGUAAUAUGUCUUCUAAGAUAAUUGAGCCCAUCCAGAGUAGAUGUGCACUUGUUCGUUUUUCUAGAUUAUCAGACCAAGAGAUUCUUGCCCGUCUUAUGGUGGUAGUCGAAGCUGAGAAGGUUCCAUAUGUGCCAGAAGGCCUUGAAGCAAUUAUUUUCACUGCUGAUGGUGAUAUGAGGCAGGCUUUGAAUAACUUGCAGGCCACAUACAGUGGUUUCCGUUUUGUCAAUCAAGAAAAUGUGUUCAAGGUCUGUGACCAGCCUCAUCCCUUGCAUGUGAAGAAUAUGGUCAACAAUGUACUUGAUGGAAAAUUUGAUGAUGCCUGUUUUGGGCUGAAGCAUCUGUAUGAGAUGGGUUAUUCCCCAACUGACAUUAUCACAACCCUUUUCCGGAUAAUUAAGAAUUAUGAUAUGGCUGAGUAUCUAAAACUAGAAUUCCUGAAGGAAACUGGAUUUGCACACAUGAGGAUUUGUGAUGGAGUUGGCUCACUUCUUCAGUUAUCUGGUCUCCUAGCCAAGCUUGCUCUAGUGCGGGAAACUGCUAAAGCCGUGUAAGUUUGACCUGUUCUUAGCUAGAUCUCUUGGACAUUCAAAGAUGUAUAUAUCUGUGAUCAUGGAUUUGGCUUCUAUAUGUAUGUUAUUACGUAUGUUUGGUUUCUGUGCCACCAGCAAAGAUACAAUUGUUGGUCAAAAGCUUGUUUAAACAAGACCCUUCCAAACAUUCAGGAACCGUGAUCAUGUCACAAACCAUACCUGAUAGUCUAAAUCAUGGGAUGGUUAAAGGUGAUAGAAGUUAAUUAAGUGAGCUUAAUCUCAAUGUGACAGAAAGCCAUCAUUUUUACUUGUUU